AUGGCAGUGAAGUUGGACAUGUCUAAAGCCUACGACCGUGUGGAAUGGAGGUUUCUAGAGUCCAUUAUGCAGAAGAUGGGAUUUCAUCAUAAAUGGUGCAACUGGAUUAUGGAGUGUGUGAGAACGGUUUCCUUUUCAUUCAAUAUUAAUGGUGAGGUCAAGGAGUAUGUGACACCUACCAGAGGUAUUAGACAAGGGGACCCUCUUUCUCCUUACUUGUUUCUUCUUUGCUCCGAAGGAUUUUCCAACCUCAUUCGGCAGGCAGCAGCUUCCAGGAAAAUUUCUGGUUUAAAGAUAAGUAGAAAUGGUCCAAGUAUUACACACCUCUUCUUCGCAGACGACUCCUUAAUCUUUUGCAAAGCAACUAAGGAUCAAGCAAUGGAACUGAUGAGGGUGUUGCAGGAAUAUGCAUUGGGGUCUGGUCAAGUGAUCAAUCUGGAAAAGUCGUCCAUUCUUUUUAGUAAGAAUGUAAGGAUACAGCUGAAGCAAGAGAUUUGUCAAGCUAUGGGGAACAUGCAAAGUGUUACCCAAGGGAAAUAUCUUGGCCUACCAAUGGUAGUAUCAAGAUCAAAACAGCAGCUAUUUGGCUAUGUCAAGUCUAAUGUACAACAAAGAAUGAGUAGGUGGACAAAUAGGUUACUGAGUACAGCAGGUAAGGAAAUCUUACUUAAAUCUAUAGCUCUAGCUAUGCCAACGUACACCAUGUCCUGCUUUAAGCUCCCAUCCAGAUUAUGUAAGGAACUGAGCUCAUUAUUGUCAAAUUUCUGGUGGGGAGAGUCUAACGGGAAGAAUAAGGUUCAUUGGUGCUCCUGGAGGAAGCUUACGCUAAGCAAGAAUAAGGGAGGACUAGGCUUCAAAGAUUUGAUGGCUUUCAAUGUAGCUCUUCUCGGCAAACAGGUUUGGAGAUUGAUAACCCAACCUAAUUUAUUAAUCAGUCAAGUUAUGAGGGCUAAAUAUUUCCCAAGGAUGUCUAUUUUUCGAUGCAAAGUCCCUAACAAUGCUUCUUGGCUAUGGAGGAGUCUUAUGGGAGCCAGAGGUUUGGUGGAACAAGGAACAAGAAGAAGGAUUGGAAAUGGCAACACUACCAACAUUUGGGAUGAUGGCUGGAUUCCAGGGAAUAGAGACGGCAGAGUGACUACCAGAACAGCUAGAGACAAUGGCCUCCAGAAAGUUCACGAGCUGAUACACCAUAAAUCAUGGAAUUCUAAUCUGGUUUUCAAGCAUUUCAAUACCCUAGAGGCUGAAAGGAUCCUGAAUAUUCCUAUAAGUCUAGCAGGGAAGGAAGAUAGUCACUUUUGGAUUUAUGGGACUGAUGGAAACUAUUCGGUAAAAUCGGGGUAUAAAUUACUGGUUAACUGUGCAGAAGUUAGUCUCAAUGGAAACAACACAGAGGGUUCGACAAGCUGGGAGGACCAAACCCAGAAGACAUGGAAGGAUUUGUGGAGACUAAAGGUGAAACACAAACUGAAGGUCUUCCUUUGGAAAUGCCUAAAUGAUGCACUCCCAGUGAAAGAUCUGAUAUACGGUAGACUUAAAGUUGGGGAUCCCAUUUGCAAUAGAUGUGGAGAGGAUAGGGAAACUAUCGAACAUAUGCUUUUGAACUGCCGCGAAUCUAAAAUGAUUUGGAAGUUAGCCCCUGUCCACUGGAAUGGAAUUUUGGAACACCAUGGGAGUUUCCGUAGAUGGUGGUUAUCAAUCUUGGAAGCCAAGCACAAAACAGAAGGUUGGUUACGUAUUUCUUUGUCUGUCAAUAUUCUUUGGCAAAUUUGGAAAGCUAGGAAUGAAAUGGAAUUCAAUGGUAAGGAAAAACAGCCUUCGAAGAUAGUACAGAGGGCACAUCAGGAAUGGUUAGAAUUGGUAGAACUUGAUACAAAGGAAUGUGGAAUGAGUACAAACGAAACAGCAACCCUCCAUGCACCCAUACCGCAGUUACAUUCAGCAUUUGGGACACUGGAAGUGACGGUAGGGGCAACUUCGACCAUGAACAAUCACAACAUGGGUAUUGGAAUUGUUAUUAAGCAGCCUGAUCAAAGAUUACACAGAGGGUGGGCACUUCGAGCAAGAAGUUCUGGUUCAUCACUGCUGGAUGAUGCUAAUGCACUUAAGCUGGCCAUGUGUAAGAUUGGCUCUAUGCCAGUCCGGACACACAUCAGCGAAGUGCAGUUCCAAGUGCAAAACCCACAACUUCUCAGCCAAAUUCGCACAAACAGCGUUGGUGACAUUAGAUUAGCUACUGUUGUGGAUGACAUUGUUCAUUUGAGAGAGCUGUUUCCUUUGUGCUCCUUUUGUUUAAUUAAAAAGGAUAAGACUCAACUAAGCUCCAAGCUUAGCAUUCAUGCCUUGGGCAUUAUUUUUGAUGAGGAACAUUGGUUUCCUUAG